UGCUAUCAGUCGUUCGCGGAUAACAUACCCUGAUGGACUGGUGUGUCGUUGUAAGUGCAAGUGCUCCAGCAUGUUUGUGUAUGGAGAGAGGCCUCAGCAAUGCCCGGUGGUCGGGCCCUACGAGGAUAGCGCCGGUUGGGUGCCGUGCCCCAUGGCCAACCAAUGGCAUGUGCCCAUGAACACAGUGAACGCUCCCGGUGUUACCUUUGACCCCUCAGUGCAGUGCUACAGAAGUUACUAUGAACCUCAACAUCCCGAACCUCAGUAUCCGCAAUACCCCCAGCAGUAUCGUCCCUACAUCCCGAUACAGCCGCAGCAGCAACCGCAGCCGAUUUUCCCAAACCUGCCGUGCCACCAGACUCCACAAUGGAACUACAACAGCAUGUGUUUCAACGUCGACGGUCAACCUUGUCAAUACACGAACGUUGUUGACUUAGAGGACUUUAUGAACAAUGAGAAGCGCAAGGAGAAGUCGCGCGUGGCAGCUCGAUGCAGGCGCACGAAGGAGAUGCAGAUCUUCUCCGAGCUGACAGCAGCCCUGCCGGCCAGGAAGGAGGAGGUGGAACAGCUGGACAAGGCCUCAGUCAUGCGGCUGGCCAUAUCCUAUCUUCGCGUGCGCGAUGUCGUCUCUUUGUUGCCCCACUCGGAGAGCCAGGAGGCGCCAAAGCUGGCGAACCCCAAAGGCUUGGAGGAAAUAUCUUCAGAGCUAUCGUACAUGAAGGCUUUAGAUGGCUUCGUGCUCGCGCUGUCCCAGCAAGGAGACAUCGUCUACUGCAGCGAGAACAUUGCUGAUCAUCUCGGGGUCUCGCAGAUGGAGAUAAUGGGCCAGAGCGUGUUUGAAUUCAGCCACCCUUGCGACCACGAAGAGAUUCGCGAAGCUCUUCGCCCCAACGGCAGUGGCCGUAGAGAGUUACUGCUGCGGUUGAAAUGUACGCUUACUAGCAAGGGUCGCAGCGUACACCUCAAGUCCGCUUCUUAUAAGGUGAUUCACGUGACCGGCCACAUGUUGAUCCCGGACAAGGAAAUCGAAGACAAGGACGAUGAUGACAAGAAGGGCAAGGCAGGGGCCUUGAUAGCAGUGGCCAGGCCUAUACCGCACCCGUCCAACAUCGAGAUCCCGCUUGAUAGCAAGACAUUCCUGUCCAAACACAGUCUGGAUAUGAAGUUCACAUACACUGAUGAAGCGCUAAUGCACACACUGGGAUUCGAGCCAGAGGAGUUGGUAGGCCGUUCUCUAUACGACUAUCAUCACACCGCAGACAGUGCUUCGCUCGCUCAUCAGUUCAAAUCACUGUUUUCGAAGGGGCAAUGCGAGACAGGGCAAUACCGCUUCUUAGCCAAGGCUGGGGGCUUCGCCUGGGUGCAGACUCAGGCCACCCUCAUCACCGACAAGCAACAGAAGCCCAUCAGUGUCGUCUGCGUCAACUACGUCAUCAGCGGUAUCGAGUGCAGAGAUGAGGUGUUCGCCGCACACCAAGUGCAGCACGCGGACUUGAAGCCCGUGGUGGCCGCGCCAGUCGCGCCUGCGCUCGCGCCGCAGCCUAUACCCGCAGAUAUACCCAACGGUGCUAUAGUCGCCACCAUACCUCCAGAAGAGGAACGCCCCAUACCCGUGACAGAACUCAUAUUUGCACCACGACAAAAGGAAAUGAACAAAGGCUUUCUCAUGUUCUGCCAAAACCAGGGAUUUACAAGUGAGUCCCACUUGCGAUCCUUGAAAUUGCACCGCUUAGUGCUUAAAGACGAGCCGGAAGAUCUGACCCAUUUGGCGCCCACAGCCGGUGACGUUUGCAUUCCUCUGGAGAACAGUCCUUUCGAUAUGUUCGACGAAUUCAUCCUCAGUGACAAUUACUGCAGCCUUUUGGGAGACGACUUAGCUAAUGGAUCACCAGUCGAUUCAUUGACUGCCGACUCCUUGUUGAUGUCCUCGCCUGAACCUCAGGAAAACGACUCAUCAUGCGAACGUUCGUCGUUGCUGACAGAUUUAUCGUUAGACGCGUUCGACAGCGGGAGGUCAGAUGACAUAGAGGACGGGCACUCGCCGUUCAUCCCAACGAGGGAUGAGUUGCCAGUGCUGGAGCCGGCGGUGAUGUGGGGGGCUCUGCCCGACAGUGUGAGCAUGGCUCGCCCACAGCCGCCGGACCAGGCCUCGCCCGCCCCGGCGUUGCAGCGCCUCCUGGCCGCGCCCCCCACCGGACCCCCGCCACAGGAUCUCAUUACUAAUAUUUACUCAGAUCAAGGUCUAAUUCCAAGCAGAAGCGUAUCGAGUAUAUCGACGUGGGACACGGGAGUAAAGAGAGUGAUGAAGCAGGACGAGGAGCCGAGUGCAAAACGCGUGAAACGCAGCCCGUCCCCGGCUAGAAAGCCCGGCGCCCAGUCGUCCAGCGUGCUCAUGAACCUGCUGGAUGUACCCCAGCAAAUGCCGCAGCAGAUGAGACUCCACCCCAACUAUCAACUGCUGGUGAAUGCACAAAAGCAGGUCCCUAUUAACAGGAACAUCCCCCUCCCCGUCAUUAACCUGCUCCAGGCUGUGCCUAACAAGCAAAUCAUACGCACUCCCGUCAACCAGGUGGUGACUCAGGAGCUCACGAAGAACGCCAUGACUCCCCUCAGCCUGAACAUAGGAAGUCCAAUGUACUCCCUCCCGUCGAGUCCUAACACGAACUACAGCCCGGUCAUGUCCCCAGCCCAAAGGGAGAGAGUACUCAGCCCGUACUCCACCCCUCAAUCCUUGUCCCCAAUUGGUAGGUACCAGAGAAGCCCAAGCAGCAGGCUUGUGUCGCCAGUCGGUAUGAUGCAGGGGUCAGACCCUUACCUGACGAACAAGAUGCAGCCGAGCCCGCCCUUCCCGAUGCAGACGAGCGACUUCCUUGACAGCAGCGUCUCCCUGACCUCGCCGGACUUCUGGACUGAACCGGAGCUCCAAGGCACCAACGAUCUCCUCACUGCCUUCGAUGACGUCAAACUUGUCUAGUGGCAUGGAGCGUAUGGCGCAAGAGUGAUUUCUCCGUUUGUGCAAAGAUAGGAUAUAUUGCCUUCGCCAGGAUACAAAGUACGCUUGUCUGGUAACAUUCACAUCUUCACACAAACAUUCCAUUUCAACAGAUGUUUUAUAGUAGCAUCUAUUUGUGAAAGAAAUCACUCGAAUGUGCGCAGGGUUGAAAAGGGUUGAACAAUAAAAGCCAAAGGGAUUCCGCGCGAAUUUCACAUAGUUCUGCGUACUCGUCUUGUUAUGAACACUAAAACUUUUUACUGUUAUACAUGUUGCUGAUGGAUGUUAUAAAGUUAAAGCUGCGUUUUACUGCGAGCACGUACCGCGGGAUAGUAUGAGAGAUCACAUUUCUAAACCAACGUGUAGGUCUUACGGUUCCUUGCAAUAUACGUAACUUCUGAUAGACAUUUAAAAAAAAAACUCUACAGGUCCCGUUGUUUGUUCUCUGAAACGCGGCACAUUCUGUUGUAAUUUAACUACAAAUGUAAAUACAAUUCCGCCGGAGUCCCUGGUUGUAACGAUGUGACUUAGCUUGGAAACGGAUUGAGUUAAGAGUUUAUAUUUUAAGCAAAUAUUAUCAUAUAUACUUGUAAUGUAAUGUGGAUGUAAUAUAGAUUUAUAUAAGAAUAAGGAGCGAUGACGGAUCAUAAAAAUGCAAUUACAAAAAAAAAUAUAAAUUGUUAUAUACACUUAAAAAUUAAUUGAAACUUGAAAAAAUACGUUGUUGAUACGUUGAAUAGGUUUCUGGUUAGUAUUAAUAAAGUUUUGAAGAAAAUUGGCGUAUGGUUCACAAACAAUUUGAAUUCGACCAAAUAUUUCGAUUCGAUCCACAAUUAAUGAUAUGUUAAAGUAUACGGUAAACUAAGCUAUAUUUUAUAUUUUAUGAUCAACAUUAUAUACUCAGUUAGCAGUAAGGAUAGUAAGUUUAUAAUUUUCACUGUUGCAUCAGAAAGAGUUAUAUUUCAUUGUAUACGAUCGCAUUAUCGUUUCAUGUAUAUUUAUCUGUUCAUCCACUGCCAUCAAAGUUCUUUAUAAUUUAUGCAAGCAAUGCGUAAUGAAAAAUGCAUUUCUUGGUGUUUGUAUACAGUUUUUGUUGCACACUCGAAUAAUUGUAAGUAUUUAUAUUAUUUUGACGUCUCUUUCCUUUUAAACUGUUUCAUAUAUCGCUGUUUAGUGUGAUUAUAAUACCUAAUUAGGUUCUAAGAAUGCACUGUAUGUAUUACAGGUUAAAAUAAUGCCUUUACGCGCCCGUACAGUUUAAGUACAAUCUAUAAUUAUCAUUGCGAGUUCAAGUUUAUUAUUAACAUGACAUAAUGCAAUUAUUAUUUUCUAAAUCUCGUUAGAUUUUGUAUUAUUAAGUGAUUAUAAUAAUAAGUAAUAAUAUGUUGGGAUUGUUUUAAUGAUUUGACGUUGCAGAAUAUCUAUGAUCGAUGAACACGGUUGGUACUACAUGUAAGAAAGGUGUCCAUUAGAUGGGAAUAGUAUAACAGACUUCGACAGAUAAAUGAAGGCUACAAAAAAUACUAUAAUAUCGAAACUUAUUCUUCUACUAUUACUUAGCCCGGGCCUUUCCACUGACGCGGAGAUGGGCGGAGAAGAGCGGAGAUGUAAGGAUUUGACCAAUCACAGCGUUCGAGAGAGCGAAAAACGUAGACGCUCAGUGACUCUCCCUCACGGUGAUUGGUCGAUUCCUGCACAUCUUCGCUCCUCUCUGCCCAGCUCCGCGUCAAUGGAAACGCAGCCUAAUGCCUUCUUUUUACUUAAAAGCCACGCUCUUGUCGUUGUGGCUACGCCAUUUUACAUUUAUCUAAUCGUCCCCCUAGCGUUAUCCUGUGUUCACAGGGUCCGCUUACCUAAACUUCACCCCGGACACUUCAUACAAACAACCUCGUUUUACACAGACACUACAGAGGUAAACCUAGCUCAGACGCUGGUGGGGAGCGGAGAGUUGCCGUUCUAUACGUAGUAUUAUUCGUUAUUCUAUGCCUAAACUGAAGAAUUGACAGGUCCGGUUUUUUACAGAAGCGACAUUCAUCUUUAUCAUUACAUUUAUCUUUAUUUACUUCUAUUAAAUAACUGUAGUAAAAGAGAGGAAGGUAAUGUUUGUAUCUUCAUUUAGGUACAGUGGUAGCCCAGUUGGUAGAACGCUUGCCUUAUCUUUGAGGUUGCAGGUUCGAAUUCAGCACAGGCCUAAACCAAUGAUUGUCGAAUUUGUUUUCGAAUUCAUGUUUGGAUCUAAAUGAUUAUCACGUGCUCAGCGGUAAAGGAAAACAUCGUGAGGAAACCCACAUUCCCGAGAAAUGCAUUAUCGGAGGUAUGUGACCUUACCUGUAUUGGGUUGGUUUUCCCUUCGCGGGUUGGAAGGUCAGACAGGCAGUCGCUUCUGUAAAAAACCGCACCUUGAAAUCUUCAGGUUAGGUAAGCGGACCCUGUGAAAAACGGGAUAAUGCUAGGCAGGUGAUGACAGUUGCCUUCAAAUUCUUCAAUUUUAUGCCGAAAGCUUUUGUUUCACACGUUCCGCCUAAAACCGACAUAGCAUUUAGUGAUGCAUUGCGUAGCUGGUAGCUGUGAAGAGUCCUAAAGGUCGCUUUACCUCUAUUCUACAUGAGAAGGUGUUCAUUAAACGUUAUGUAGGUAAGGUAUAUCUAGAACGAUGUUCAGUUGUUCACUAUAAUGUUUAUAAAGCUAGUUUGAUAAAAUACAGUAACGUUUAAGUAUACUUGCUGUCGAAUAUGUACCUACCUACCAAUUUAUAACCGGAUUUUUAAUAAAGACAGAAUGUGGGUAAUCGUAAAAUAUCAAUUACCAACGCAUCGAUAAAGGUUUAUAUAUGUAAUUAAGUAUAAUAGACUAGUUUUGAGUUGUAAGUGUAAAACAUACUGCCAAUUUUCAUGUUCAUAUCUAGCACGUAUAUGUUUGUUGAAAGUUAUUGUAAUUUUAAAGUCUAACGGUCCGCACUGUGCCAUAGAAACUAAUAAAACAUUUAUAAAGAAUUAAUUUUCAAAGUUAUAUUUUGACCUAAUAUUAUCGCAAUAUUUUCUUUACCUGGUAACCCUUUAAAUUGAAAUGGAAAACUAAAUUGUACAUAAGAAAUCAAAUUGUUUUAUAUAUUUAGAGAUUAAAUAUCUGUCAUGCA